AUGGAUAUUGAUAAUACAGAGUCAGAACUGGCCAAGCUGCAGAGGCAGUUCAGGAUCAUGGAAGGAGAUCGGCAGGCCUACAGCCUUCAGGCCCGGGAGCAGAUCCGCAAACAGCAGCUGGAGAUGGACCAGCUGCGGAAAGAGCAGGAGGAGCUGCAUCGCAACCUCUGCGUAUCUAAGAGCUUGUCCCACCAACAGCAGGACAGUGAGGACACCCAGCGACUACAAGCUCUGCUGGAGCAGGGAGACGUGCUGGAGGAGGAGCUGAGAAAAGAAAAGCAGUGUCAGAAAGGCUUAAAAAGAGAGAUCUCAGACAUGGAGAUGAAGCUGUGUGAGCUGAGAAAAGGGGAGGUCAGUACCAGUGACACACGAGGGCCGGCGGUACAGCGGACUCAGAAGGCCAUACAAACUCUGGAAUACAAACUGGACCGAGCUUUGACUCGCUUCAAUGAACAAUUGUCCAAAAACAGCCACCUGAGGGAGGAGCUGCAAAUGCUCUGUGUUGAGCGUAUCCGUUUUCAGCAGCUACACAACAGGCUCGACAAGGAGCUGCAGGAGAUCCGCAAGAAGAUUGGAGAAAUGAUCAACCUGUCCACUGCUGCUUACGAUGCUAGGGUGGAGGCUCAGUCCAAAAUGACCAUGAUGAGGGAGAAGGCAGUGAAGGACCUCGCCCAGUACAACACUGAGAUGAAGGAAUUGGAGAGAGUUAUUGCACAUGAGCAAAUCCUGAAGGACUUUAUGACCGUCAAGUGCAGCGAGAGGAGCGGGCAGGACAAUGUCCCCGAGAUGGGACACAGACGAUUGUCCGAGGGGAAGGAGCAGCAGAGGAUGGACUUGGAUGAAGAGUCUCUGGAUGUUCUCGAGGAGGUUUUUAAGAGGAUCCACACAGUGACAGGAGAGGACAACCUGGACAUGCUGGUCACCAGGUUCAUCCAGGGUGAAGACCGCAACUUUGCACACUUCAAUGUUGUUAAUGAGCAAAAUAAUGAGACUGAAGCUCUGAGGGAUCAAAUCAAACAUAUCCGAGAGGGGAUGGAGAACUUUCAGGUGAAAGCUUUGCAGCAGGAGCACAAUCACCGCUCUUUGCUGGGAGACAUCGAAGAACAGCAAAAGAAAACUGAAUCCCAAACUGACGAGUAUGAAAACCAAGCCAGCAUCAUAAGCAACAUCCUGGAAAAGAGUAAAGCAGGGGUGAAAAGCACCUUCUCCACGAUGGAGUGUGACCGCUCGGUGAUCGAGGACAUGCUGGGCUCCUCCACAGGGAUCAGUGAGAACAACAUCAUGUCCUAUCUGGGUCUGUUGGAACAGAAGACUAAUGAGCUGCUCACCAUACAAGCUUUCCUCAAUUCUAAGGAUCUAGAGAAGGACUACAAUCCAAAAGACCUCCCCAAAUUCCUUCUGGGUCAAGAUCCAGAGCUGCUUCAGCAGGAUACCACUCUCCACCCUCCAGUCAUCAGUGUCGAGCAUGAUACAGAAGAGUCUCUGGUCACCCUUGAGGAAGAACGGCCCCUCUCACAGGGGGAACUCCGCAGAAGAAUAAUGGGGUCAAUACAGCUGAAGCAGAGAUCAGUCAAGCAAGCAGCGACCAAAGCCUCAGAGACCAGGCAGCAGUUUGGAGACUGA